AUGGCUGACAAAAAAUCAACAAAUGUUCCAGUCUCGAAUUUUCCCGACGCCGGUGCCACCGCGUUGCCUAAUAAGCCAGGCGAGCCGCCGUUCAAGCUAUCGUUGAGUGCCAAUAAGAUCGAGUUCAAGUGUUCCGACGACAAGAAGCCAGCAUCGGUGUUCGUCAAACUGCACAACCCUACCUCCGAAACGGUUUCCUAUAAAGUGCGUUGCACGUCGGCGGACAUCUUUCGUGUUCAGCCACCGAUUGGAUUCAUCAAACCCAAUGAGACAGUCUCCAUCGUGAUUUGGUAUCAGAAUCAGGAUAAGAAGGAUGCGAUGACGAAAUGUCAUUAUUUCGCGUUCUAUCAUACGCACAGUGAUGGGAAGGGACCGAGGGAGUUGUGGGCGAACGCUAAAAUUGAAGGAGUCCGUCGUGUGCCAGCCGCCUUCACCACUGCCACCAAGUGA